AUGGCGCGGGCCGGGGAUAAAAGCGGCGGCAGCGCAAAGAAAGGCGUGAAACGGAAAGCCGUUCCUGAAGCUCAGGCGAGUGCAGUCGCUGAAGAUGGAGCUACGGAAAGCGGGGAGCAACCCUCGAAAGCGCCGACUUUCCCUCCAAGUUUCAGCAUUUCGGAGAUUAAGAACAAACAGAGGCGACACGUAAUGUUCACGCGGUGGAAACAGCAGCAGCGGAAGGAAAAGUUGGCAGCUAAGAAGAAACUUAAGAAAGAGAGAGAGGCUCUUGGUGAUAAGGCUCCACCAAAGCCUGUUCCGAAGACUAUUGACAACCAGCGAGUCUUUGAUGAAACUGUAGUAGACCCUAAUGAUGAAGAGGUUGCUUUUGACGAAGCUACAGAUGAAUUUGCUUCUUACUUCAACAGACAGACCUCUCCCAAGAUCCUCAUCACAACAUCAGAUAGACCUCAUGGGAGAACCGUACGACUCUGCGAUCAGCUCUCUACUGUUAUACCAAACUCACAUGUUUAUUACAGAAGAGGACUGGCUCUGAAAAAAAUUAUUCCACAGUGCAUCUCCAGAGAUUUCACAGAUCUGAUUGUUAUUAACGAAGAUCGUAAAACACCAAAUGGAUUAAUUUUGAGUCACUUGCCAAGUGGUCCAACUGCCCAUUUUAAAAUGAGCAGUGUUCGUCUACGUAAAGAAAUUAAGAGAAGAGGCAAAGACCCCACAGAACACGUACCUGAAAUAAUUUUGAACAAUUUUACAACACGGCUGGGUCAUUCUAUUGGACGUAUGUUUGCAUCUCUUUUUCCCCAUAAUCCUCAAUUUAUUGGAAGGCAGGUUGCCACAUUUCACAAUCAACGGGAUUAUAUCUUCUUCAGAUUUCACAGGUACAUAUUCAAGAGUGAAAAAAAAGUGGGAAUUCAGGAACUUGGACCACGUUUUACCUUAAAAUUAAGAUCUCUUCAGAAAGGAACCUUUGAUUCUAAAUAUGGAGAAUAUGAAUGGGUCCAUAAGCCCAAAGAAAUGGAUACAAGUAGAAGAAAAUUCCAUUUAUAAGAUGUCAAGAAAAAAUGCUAUCUUGAAUUUGUGAAAGAAGAUCUUUUCCAAUUUAGUAUUUGUAAGUUUUAUUGUCUGGACAAAUUACCAUGUUUCAUUACUAAUAUUUGUUCAUUGUAGAAAAUAAAAGUCAUUUUUGGUGAAGGUUCAGAAAUUGUGACUUCCUAAAAUUUAAUU